UGACUUUGCUUCACGAAUGUAACAAUUAGGCGAACCUUGAUGAAAUCAGAUUGGUUGCAAUUAAUAUGCGGCGGCAGAACGCAGUUGGUGCGUGUAGCCUAGUUCUGCAGCCACAUCCAGUUUAAUCGUUUCAUUGAAGAGGAUGAUUUAAAUUGAUAUUCAGUAGUAGAUUUUGUGCUAAUUUGAAGGCAACCAGUGAUAUUCGUUUCAAAUGAAAUGGAAGUUUAUUUGCUAAAAUUUAAAGGGCAGAAUCUGGGAUUUGCGAGGGAAUGCUGAAUUGAUUGGAGACCAUCGGAAUUGCCAGCCCUGUGUCAUUCAUUACCUGUUGUGCAGGCACGGAAUUUUCACGCGCUGUUCUAGCAAUCAAACAGCUGAACAGCCUUGUCUCGGCAGCACAUGCAAACCGUCCGCUCCACCACUUCCCAUCUGCGCUCCGGGCACUUCAAAUGAGGACCGCGUCCCGAGCCUAUUCUAUGUGAAGCUGCGAAAACGGGCAAUUCCUUCGGUCUCUCCCGUCUGCAGUGAGGCAAGGACGAAAAGUCACGGUUUGGCGGAGCUGCAGCCAUGGACCAGGACGAGAACAAGAGCGUCUCGAAAAAGACCAUAAUCGCAAAGAUUUUCAAAGUUCGCAAGAGGAGAGAGAUGCUUUUCGUGCAAGUGUGUUUUCUCUGCAGUGUCCUCUUCAUGGCGUGGAGCAUGUCAGCACUUCUGACAAAGACAGGCCAUGGAAUGAUCCUGGAGAAUGGACACGAGAAGCACGAACAUUGGGGAAGGAGGCUCAUGGGACAUGAACCCGACAACGACAAUGAGACCGAGUCGAAGAACUGCACAGAGCCAGCGAUCAAGGAGUUCCCUGAAGACCUUUUCACCAACAACGAGCGCAAGAGUGGGGCCGUCCUGCUGCACAUAGUGGCGGCCCUCUAUAUGUUCCUGGCCCUGGCUAUAAUCUGUGACGACUACUUUGUGACAUCGCUGGAGAAGAUCUGUGAGAAACUAGACCUAAGUGAGGAUGUUGCCGGAGCCACUUUUAUGGCAGCUGGGAGUUCUGCUCCAGAGCUGUUUGCCUCUGUCAUUGGUGUCUUCAUCACCCACGGUGACGUGGGGGUUGGGACAAUCGUUGGCUCAGCCGUCUUUAAUAUCCUGUGCAUCAUCGGUGUGUGCGGAAUCUUUGCCGGACAGGUCGUAAUGUUGGGUUGGUGGUCUGUUUUCCGAGAUUCAUUCUACUACAUCUUGUCUAUCCUAGCUCUUAUUGCAUUCAUUUACGAUGAGAAGGUGGUGUGGUGGGAGAGCCUGGUGUUGGUGCUCAUGUACUGUGGAUACAUCCUCAUCAUGAAGUUUAACCAGAGCUUGCAGAAGUUGUUCACGGGGAAAGGGGGUAAAGACAAGAACCAGGCCAACGGUAACGCUGCGGCUAGCAGCGAGAUGGAGGAUGUUAAGCCCAGUAAGGCUUACAGUCGUGGCUCUGUGGUCAUGGUCGAUGAGAUUAUGCACGCCAGCCCUCCCAAGUUACGCUUCCCAGAGGCCGGCCUCCGCGUCAUGGUCACCAGCCAUUUUGGACCAAAGACCCGGCUGCGCAUGGCCAGUCGCCUCAUCAUCACUGAGCGUCAGAAGCUAGUCCAGGGUGCCAACGGGGUGGAGACCCAGGUUCUGGAGGGGAAGGUGGACAUUGAGAAUGGCAACGUGCCUGAAGACAAACCAGCAGAGGAGGAGCAGGAGAAUGAAACCAUCUCCCCCUUUCAUAUCCCUGAUGGCAUCGGCAGCAAGUGCAAGUGGCUGAUCUCGUGGCCCCUGCUGCUCCUCCUGUUCUUCACCAUCCCCAACUGUGCGAAGCCUCGCUGGGAGAAGUUCUUCAUGGUCUCCUUCUUCCUUUCUACCGUCUGGAUCGCUGUCUUCUCCUACUUCAUGGUCUGGAUGGUCACCAUCAUCGGCUACACCCUUGGCAUCCCAGAUGUCAUUAUGGGCAUCACCUUCCUGGCAGCCGGCACCAGCGUUCCAGACUGCAUCGCCAGUCUCAUUGUUGCUCGGCAAGGAUUGGGUGACAUGGCAGUGUCCAACACCAUCGGCAGUAAUGUGUUUGAUAUCCUGGUUGGGCUGGGCGUUCCUUGGGCACUACAGACCAUGGCGGUCAACUAUGGCUCCGAGGUCAUGAUCAACAGUCGAGGACUGGUCUACUCUGUGGUGUUGCUACUGGGAUCUGUGGCUUUGACGGUGGGGGGGAUUCAUGUGAACCACUGGAAGCUGGAUCUGAAGCUGGGUAUCUACACGCUGGUCCUCUACGCGGUCUUCCUGUGUUUCUCCAUCAUGAUCGAGUACAACGUGUUCACCUUCGUCAACCUGCCCAUGUGCAUGGAGGAGUAGCUGGACCACACCCACCUCAACCAGGAAGCUCCACUCCCUCAACCCCUAACGGCAACCAAUCACAAUCAACUUUCCCCAUCCUCCACCACGUUACUAAACCUGGUUAUCUCCUGUCUGACAGGUCACCUGUCAUUUUCAGAACUGACCUGUUGACCUCUUGAUCUGAUCCUGGUCUUUAAAUAUUUUCUUUCCCUGUGCUUGGACUCACUUUCCCAUGAGGCUUUGUUCUGAGGAGUGGACAGACGCAUUAAACGAACUGGACCCAUUUUCAGACUAUUCCAUUUUCCAUUCCCCCAUCCACACGAUCUGUAGUCUGAUUGGCUUUCCUUAGCCUUCCCCCACAGGCCCUAGAAUCAACCCUACAGUAGUCUGUCUGACUGGCUUUCCUUAGCCUUCCCCACAGGCCCUAGAAUCAACCCUACAGUAGUCUGACUGGCUUUCCUUAGCCUUCCCCCACAGGCCCUAGAAUCAACCCUACAGUAGUCUGACUGGCUUUCCUUAGCCUUCCCCCACAGGCCCUAGAAUCAACCCUACAGUAGUCUGUCUGACUGGCUUUCCUUAGCCUUCCCCACAGGCCCUAGAAUCAACCCUACAGUAGUCUGACUGGCUUUCCUUAGCCUUCCCCCACAGGCCCUAGAAUCAACCCUACAGUAGUCUGACUGGCUUUCCUUAGCCUUCCCCCACAGGCCCUAGAAUCAACCCUACAGUAGUCUGACUGGCUUUCCUUAGCCUUCCCCCACAGGCCCUAGAAUCAACCCUACAGUAGUCUGACUGGUUUUCCUUAGCCUUCCCCCACAGGCCCUAGAAUCAACCCUACAGUAGUCUGACUGGCUUCCCUUAGCCUUCCCCUGCAGGCCCUAGAAUCAACCCUACAGUAGUCUGACUGGCUUUCCUUAGCCUUCCCCCACAGGCCCUAGAAUCAACCCUACAGUAGUCUGACUGGCUUUCCUUAGCCUUCCCCCACAGGCCCUAGAAUCAACCCUACAGUAGUCUGACUGGCUUUCCGUAGCCUUCCCCCACAGGCCCUAGAAUCAAC